AGCUGGCUCGGACGCGCCCGGGCUGCAGCGACAGAGGAAAGGAACGAUGAGUUCGCCAGCCUGGCCAAGGGUGCAAUGAGAGACAUUACAGCAAUCAUCUUCUCUCGACAAACGAGACAGGGCGACCUUGAGGGGAAUCCCAGAUAUCGGCAGGAAGUUAAACUGAACCGUGGUGCCUGGGCGUGCUUGAAGUACGCCCACCGGCGUCUCGGGGCUGCGGACGCUCGGCCCUGGGGCACCCAGUUGAGUGCACUCGCGAGGCGGGAGUCGGCCUCUCGCGGCCUGCGCUGCAGCCAAGAAGAGCAGCGGCCAGUCGCGAUCUCCCCGUGGCCAACAAAGUGGUGGGUACACUCGCGCCUGGGACACUCUCGUCCCUCCUGCGACGACGAAAAGUUUCCAACAGAGACGGACUGUGCCUCGCAGCAAGGGAGAGAACGAUCUCGCAAAGUCGAGAACAGCGGUCGCGUCGCUCUCGAAGCCGGCACUGGAGCACCGCACCGAGGAGAGACAGAUGCGGUGGGGCCGGCAGACAAGGACGAAGCUGUCCCUGGAAGAGACCGCGCUCUUGCCGAAGUGUCGCCGCUGCCCCGGAGACGUCCCGAGAGAACAGGCGCGACGAGGACACGGCGAGAGGAAAGGCUGUAUGCGCCAGGGGGCAGACUGGCGGAGGGCGAAGAGACAGGAGAGAGUAGCUUCGGGGACAGGCCGCUGCGUCUCGUCGACCUGGCGGAGUCGCCUCUUGCUGUGCCAACUCGUGACUCAAGUGGUGUCGGCGACUGUCUUGCCUACCACUCAAGUGAACAAGGCGACUUUCAAGGAGGAAGCGGUUCUCGCUGUCUUGCACGACGCGCGUGGGUGCACGAGAGGGGCGGCGGGGGGCGAGAUUGCAUGGAGGAAGAACCGACGCUCCUGUUGGAGGAGGACAACGAUUUCUUCUCCUUCUUCGGAGAGAACGACGUCAUUGCUUUCCAGGGUAAGACAGAGGCGCGGCCUCGCGAACAGGAGUUCGAAUCGGACUGGCCACCUUCUCCCCAGCCCCAGUCUGGCUCGACGCAACCCUGGGAAGGAGCGGGAGAUGCGGCGGAGAAAGGAUAGAGUGGCAGUGACGAACACUACAUGUGCGACGAGGUAGAGGACAUCUUGUCUGAAGACGAUGACGAAGAAGAGGGCAUUUUGAAACCGCUUUUCAG